AUGCCUUUUCAUUCUCGAUGUACAUCGAAUGAUAUACCGUUUUUUCGUAUUCUUAUUUCAUUUCGUUCAAUGCUUAUAAUUAAUCGUUAUUGUCAUUCAUUAAAAAUACUUAAUUUAAUUCGUUCACAUUUUUGUUUAUUAAAAAGUUUUUUACCAAUAAUUUUACAUGAAGUCAAUACAAAUGAAGAAAUUAUUUUAAAUAAUGAUACUAACUUAUCAAAACCAAUAAAUACUGGUAUUUAUUUAGCUUUACUUAAAUAUGAUGAUAUGAAAUAUCAACCAUUAAUUGAUUUAAAAUUAAUUCCAAUAGAAAUUUUUCCAGAAAAAAGUUUUUUACCGAAAUCUAUACCAUUUAUUAUUUAUGAAAUAGAACCAUUUGUAAAAACAUUAAGUAAUUUAAUUGAUUAUAUGAAAGAAUAUGAAAAAACAAAAAUUAUUUGUCGAAAAUAUAUAAAUAUUAAAAAUGAAUCAAAUAAUCAUUCACCAUUACAUAGUAUUAGUCAAAUAUCAACAACAAAGCGUACUAGUAAAAAUCUUUUUUUCAAUAAAAUAACUUUAUGA